GUCUUAACUUACUUGUAUAAAAGCUUGUAUGAUGCAUUUAAAGCUUUGCUAUUGUCUUCUCUUUCAUUUCGUUAUCUCAUUAUCAUUCCUUGUGAAACUGGAACAGUUGGACCUUGGCAGCAACGAGCUAGAAGUUCUGCCUGAUACUUUAGGAGCAUUGCCAAAUCUUCGGGAACUGUGGUUAGACAGAAACCAACUCUCUGCGUUACCACCGGAACUAGGGAAUCUUCGACACCUUGUCUGCUUGGACAUAUCCGAAAACAAGCUGGAACAGUUGCCCAAUGAAAUCAGUGGGCUGGUGGCAUUAACAGAUUUGCUUCUGUCACAGAAUUUAGUAGAAACCAUUCCUGAUGGUAUUGGGCGGUUAAAACAACUGUCCAUACUGAAAGUGGACCAGAAUCGGAUCAUGCAGUUACCAGAAUCAAUUGGAGACUGUGAAAACUUAACAGAAUUAAUACUAACUGAGAACCUCCUCAUGACAUUACCAAAAUCUGUGGGAAAGUUGAAAAAGUUGACAAACUUGAAUGUGGAUAGGAACCGACUUGUCAGCCUCCCUUCAGAGGUGGGUGGUUGUGUCUGUUUAAAUGUGUUGUCCUUAAGGGAUAACCAACUAACACGGCUGCCAUCUGAGUUAGCGACUGCAUCUGAACUCCAUGUACUGGAUGUAGCUGGAAACAGACUACAGUUUUUGCCUUUUACCCUAACAAACUUGAACUUGAAGGCCUUAUGGCUGGCAGAGAAUCAGUCCCAGCCUAUGCUUAAAUUCCAAACUGAGGAUGAUGAAACUAGUGGAGAGAAGGUCCUUACCUGCUACCUCCUUCCACAACAACCCUCUCCCAGCCUUGAAAAUCUCCUUGAGAACAGUGUUGAUGACAGCUGGACUGACACCAACCUGAACAGAGUCAGUGUAAUUCAGUUCCAGGAAGAAUCCAAAGGAGAGCAAGAGGUGGGGGAAGAUGAAGAAGCCAUAGAAAGAAGGGGUCUCCAACGCAGGGCAACCCCUCACCCUAGUGAGUUGAAGGUUAUGAAGAAAGCAAUUGAAGAUCUGAGGAAUGAUGUAUAUACUGCAAAACCAGAUGAAGAGCUGGACUCUCCGGAUACUGAGUUAAAGAGACUAAGUGGAGCAUCUGAUCAUAGCAAUGAAGCUGUUGUCCCUAAUGGUGGUGAGGAGGUAAUCUCUGAGAAACAGCAGCCAAUUGAAGAACAGAAUGAAGGAAGUACUGCAGAGGAUCAUGUGACAAAAGAUGAGAUCCAGAAGACCAUCCAGCCUGAAGAGCAAGACAAUGCAGAAGAGCUUGUAGAAGAUGAUCUGGAAGUAGAAUAUAAUGAGCCCACUGUGCACUUUGCUGAAGAUGCUAUCCGAGAUGAUGAUGAGGACGACGAUGAUUAUCCUUGUAAUGAGGUAGAGAAAAAACGCCUGAUUCGUAAGGACACGCCACACUAUAAAAAACAUUUUAAAAUCACUAACCUGCCAAAACCUGAAGCAGUGGUGGCACUUCUUCAGGGAUUCACCACUGAAGAGACACUUGAGGAAGAGGAUGAUGAAAUUGGGAGGCAAAAUGAUCCAAUGGAAGAUGAGGAUGUGGUAGACUCCCAUGGUGACUUUGAACAGGUCAUGAAGAAUGAUAGACUUUCUGUCCCACUUCCCAUCAAGGGGGUGUCGUUUGAUCAAGUCAAUAAUCUGCUGAUUGAACCUGCUCGAAUUGAGGAGGAAGAGCUGUCGUUAGUUAUCCAUCGACAGACUGGAGGUUUGGGCAUCAGCAUUGCAGGAGGAAAGGGCUCCACUCCUUAUAAGGGGGAUGAUGAGGGUAUCUUCAUUUCCCGAGUUUCAGAUGAUGGGCCAGCCGCACAAGCUGGAGUACGAGUGGGUGACAAACUGCUAGAGGUGAAUGGCGUUUAUCUUCGAGAUGCAGAACAUCACAAAGCUGUGGAAGCAUUACGUAGUUCUGGUACAUCUGUUGCUAUGACAGUGCUACGAGAGCGAAUGGUGGAACCUGAAAAUGCCGUUACUGUAACACCAUUGCGGCCUGAGGAUGACUACAGCCCUCGAGAACGUCGAGGUUUAAUGCUAUUACAGGAUGAAUCUGUUACUCCUCUUUUGAAGGAACGCUAUUCCACAUGUCUGUUCCGAAAUGACAAAGGUCUGGGCUUCAGUAUUGCUGGUGGAAAAGGUUCAACAUCAUACAAAGCAGGAGAUACUGGAAUCUUUAUAUCCAGGAUUGCUGAGGGGGGAGCAGCUCACAGAGACGCAACCCUGCAGGUUGGGGACAGGGUGAUCUCAAUCAAUGGGGUAGACAUGACAGAAGCCAGACAUGAGCAGGCAGUAGCACUCCUUACUGGCACAUCCCCCACCAUCACCUUGUUGGUAGAGCGAGAGAUACCACAAUACCAAGCCGACAGAGACUCUGGUGAUUCACCAGCACUUUUCAGAAUGCGCCCUCAUUCUCCACCACCUCCCAGCCUGUUGUAUCCAGAUGAUGAGCGGAGUGAGGACAUCUCACCACAGACCAACCAUGUGAACCGUCUAAUGGAGGACAACUAUCCCAUUGAGGAAGUCUACCUUGUAAAAGCAGGUGGGCAAUUGGGGCUGAGCAUCGUAGGUGGUAGUGAUCAUUCCAGUCAUCCAUUUGGCAUCCAUGAACCAGGUGUUUUCAUCUCAAAGGUUAUACCUCAUGGUCUGGCUGCUAGAAAUGGCCUUCGUGUUGGAGACAGGAUUCUGGAAGUGAACACUAUUGACUUGAGGCAUGCAACGCAUCAGGAGGCAGUGAUGGCAUUACUGGCCAACAAGCAAGAAAUCCGAAUGUUAGUACGAAGGGACCCUGCUCCACCUGGCAUGCAGGAGAUUGGCAUCAGCAAACUGCCUGGAGAGAAGUUAGGAAUUAGUAUUCGAGGAGGAGCUAAAGGUCAUGCUGGCAACCCCUUUGAUCCUUCUGAUGAAGGGAUUUUUAUCUCAAAGGUGAGUUCCUCUGGGGCAGCAGCACGAGAUGGCAGACUUAAAGUUGGGAUGCGUAUCCUGGAGGUCAAUAACCACAGCCUUCUGGGAAUGACUCACACUGAGGCAGUGCGUAUCCUGCGAAGUGUUGGAGAUAACUUGAUAAUGCUGGUGUGUGAUGGGUUUGAUCCCAAAGCUGCUGCUGCAAUAGAGGUUUCCCCUGGUAUUAUAGCAAACCCUUUUGCCACUGGCAUUGGCAGGAAAAACAGCAUGGAGAGCAUCUCUUCAAUUGACCGUGACCUGAGCCCAGAGGAAAUGGAGAUCAUGCAAAAGGAGAUGGACAUGGUACGAGAAACAACACAGUGGGAGAAGGAAGAACUGGAAAAAGUGGAGAAAAUGCGUAGGGAACGGGAGGAGGCCAAUCGACUUCUUGAGGAGGAAGCACAGAGCUACAGUACUGAACCUCUCAAGCUGGAUUACAAAACACUGGCCGCUUUACCCACCAGUAGUUUGCAGAAGGUCAGUAAGCUUUUUAAGUGUGGUAUACUUUCGACUGAAAUGGAGAACGACUUCAAAAUGUUGCAAGGUGUGGACGCUGCUGUACAGAAUAUGGGACUUAAUUCCAAGGACCCCCCUUGCACUGAUCUAAUGAACCAUUUUCAGUCUGUUUCUCCUGCCUCAUCCCUAACCAGUAAAGCAGCUUCCAGAGCUGUCAUUCUAGAUGAGAGACUUAAUACUGUGGCAGACAUGGAGCAGCAGGCCAGCAGCCCUAUUUCAGCUGGUCCUAGGGAAGUGGAGCUUUCCCCGAAUUCCACAAAACAGAAUCUACAGUUGGGAAGUCAGGAUGCACCAGCACAGGAGGAAGAGAUCUUAGUAGACUGUCAGCCAAUACUGUUCAGCGAAAAUCCUUUUGUGGUAGCUAAUCGAAAGGGAAGAGGGAAGUCUGGAAACAGAAGCACACUUGGAGGGCCUCCACUUGGCUAUGGUCAAGGUGGUGUUUUGAAGACCACUGUAUACUCUAAGGGUUCUACUGGGGACUUGACUAAAGGCAGCAACAUUAAAUGGGAUGCACCAUACUCUCCAACUUCCCAACCGGCUUCCAUCAAUUUCCUUACUUCACACAGUGAUAAAAACACUAAACCAGGUGUUAUCCAGCCUUUGACCAGAACUCGACAAAAUGUGGUCUCAACAAGUCAGGAGGACAGGAGUAGUCCUAACCCAUUCCAGCAAGCUGAAAUUCCUAAUCCUCUUCAGCCCCCAUCUCCCCUUUCACCCGAUGAGGUACCUGUUAAUGUCAAACAGGCUUACAAAACCUUCGCUGCUGUACCUGCCACUCACUCUCUGCUGGAACAGCAGGAGCAGUAUAUCCAAAGGAGUAAUGCUAAAAUCAAACCACCUUCAGAGGAUGACCUUGGAUGUGCUGUUAUGUCAGUACAAACAGCAAAGGGUUUCCAAACACUGUUCUCUGUGCCCAGUAAUUCAGCAGAAAUGGAGUCCGUUGCAGUUGGAAAUGAUACUACGCCAGUAACUUCACCAACAACACCGUCACAUAUAAGAGACUAUCGUGCCCUGUCUUCUGCACCUCUAAUGAGGCAGUCCUCUGAGGAUGUGGAGUUGCCUUCUUCUCCAAGUGGCUUGGACAGUCCUGAGCAGAGGUCUUUCAGAGAAAGGCAGAAAUACUUUGAGAUUGAAGUGAAGCAACAGCAGACUGAGAAAACCCCCAAACGGGUCUGUUUAGUGGCAGAGGAUGAUUUGAAAAAAAUGAAGGAGGAAGAAGCUCGUAAAUUAAGACAUCAUGCACAGAUGUUGGCCAUGGAAGAGGAAGAAGAGGAGGAAGAUGAUGCAGUAAAGCAGAUGGCAGAUAUGAGUGGUCAGAGUACUGUGAUCAUUGAAGGAGUGGAGUACAGCACUGAGAGACUGCCCAGUCGACAAACCCAUUCACCUCUGACAGGGAUGUCCCCGGUGGAUGGCAGAGGAGAUUCUCAGAGGAAUUCCAUUGAAGAUGGGAUUAAAGUUGAACAGAGGCCUAAUUCCAUGUCUGGACUAAGCCCUGGAAGUGGAGAAUCCAGUGUACCAGUCAGGACUGCUAAAGCAGAGAGAAGAUACCAAGACCGAGUGCGAAUGCAGAGUCCGGACUUGCUAACUGAAAAAGAGCUAUCUCCCGCUGAACGCCGUGCACUUGAAGCAGAAAAGCGAGCCAUGUGGAGAGCAGCAAGCUCCAAGACUCUAGAAGAUGAUAUUAAACAGUAUGAACAGGAUCUGGCCAAGAAAUUGUACCAGUCUCGCCAGCGAACCCCUGUGCUUAGGGGUGGAGCAGGCCAGGUGCCUUGUCCAGUUCAGCCACGUGCCAACAGUCCACACAUCAAAGCAGGAGAAUCAAGGAUGAAGUCUCUUGAACAAGAUGCACUUAAAGCGCAGAUGGUGAUAGCUAGGUCGAAAGAGGGGAAGAAGCGCAGCACUCUUGAUCAGCUGGCAGAGUCACCAUCACCAGCACCAACGCCUUCACCUACACCACUAGAAGACUAUAGUCCGAAGAGUGUGACUUCUCCUGGACGAUUGUCCAUGUCUGAAAAGAAGUUUGACUACAGAGAAUUUGCUGCUAUUCCUUCUUCCAAACCUGUUUACGACAUUCAGUCACCUGCCGAAGAACUCAAAUAUAUUGAUGACACUAAUAGCUCAGUUUGUCCAGAAGAGGAAGUAGAGGCAAUGGUUACACUACCAACCACAUCUGCCCUUGAAGAAAUGGCUCUUUAUAGCAACAAACGUAAACUCCGUAGCACCCGGCGAAGUUUAGAGACUGCUGUACCUACAUAGACUAUGGAAACAAUUCUACCUAGCAUCACAAGGAUGCAGCAUUACAUGCAGCUGUGCAAACCUGCCCUUAGAGUGACUGUGUUGCAGUUCUAUUGCUGCAGAGGGCAGGGUGCCUUAAGGAACCCACAAGCUAUAUAGCAACUUCAGUGUGGACAUUAAUGUACUGAAACCUUGAGAUUUUAGACAUUAUGCAAAGAAAAAAAUGAACUAUGAUGCCUUUGUCCUUUUCCCAGCACUGAUGAACCAGUACUGUUUUUUUUUUCUUUUACUAAUUCCACAAUGUCAAAAUAUUUUAUUUCCUGGGGAAAUCGGAUUGCAAUGAGACUUCUAAGGUGACUGGGUUGUGGCAAAGCUUGCAGAAUCCACCGCCUUUUUAAGUAGUUGGACUGGAAAUUGCUAUAUUAGUUUGUAAAUAUUUGUGCAUGAGAAUGCAGGCUCAGCGACUGCCAGGAUGGUUAGAAUUUAUUUUAGAGUGUAGUGGGAAACUAGAGACUGAGAUUUAAAAACUUAAGAAUCAAGACAGAGAAGUGUGUCAGAAUUGGCAUCAUUCCCACUUUUUAUCUUGUAAAUUAAGAUAUUUAAAACUGUUGCAGAUAUUUUUAGGGAGAUUUAUACAUAAAAUGUGUUCUGCUUUGUGAAAUAAUAUUGCCAGUACCUCUCAAGAAGUUAAGGUGUAGAAGGCAGCCAUCAGUUUAGAUUUACUUUAUUGUACAUAUAAUUUUAAAGUUUAGUUGGGCUUCUACGAUGGCCUUUUUUUUUCCAGAUCAGAAGCAAUAUAUAUUCCACAUUUUACAGGACUGCUGCUGAAAAACCAGUCCAUGAAACUUGUAUCUGUUUUAAAUUAUUUUAGCUUCUCUUCUAUUACCUUCUUUCCCCAUUUGACUUGUUUUUCGAGGCGUUUUUUUUUCAGCAACAUUCAUUAUCAGGGAUACUUUAUUGGAACUGGAUGCUUUUAAUGUUUGCACAUAAGAAUCUUCAUCAGAUGACACCCAAACUACAAGAAAGAAGAUUUUGACAAGCUUUUUUAUCAGUUUAUUUGGGCACUUUGCACUAACCACAGAUUUGGGAUGCAAAAGAAAAGGUUUGAUGAGGUAACACCUAGCUCAUUUCUCAGUUUCAUCCCAGGGUCUUUUGGGCCCCUGUGCCACUGGUCACUAUGUCUUAGAUCAUGUUUGCCUUGUAUAGGUUUACAGGUAUCAGUAACACAGAAACUGCAUGAGAUGCAGAAUUAGACUCUUGGGACAUAACACUAAACUGUUGCAGUUGUACUCAAAAUGGAAUGUUUUUGUCACUUUGAAAAAAAAAGUUUCUUCUUUGUGCAGAGAAUAAGACUUAAACCAUAUCUUUAAUUUAUUUCCUUAAAAGGCAAAUCUUUCAUUUAACAUAGUACUUUAAGUGUGUGUAAAAAAGCACUUGUACACCAUGAACUAGUAAUGUAUGUGCCACAGUGGCAUUCAGUACAAGGCAGUGGCAACACAUCCUGUAAACCAGGAUGAAGCAUUUUUCUACCGAACAAACACCAUGCUGUAGAAUAGAGAAUAUUAUAUAUGCAUAUCAUCUUUUUCUGUUCCUUAGGCUAGCAUGGUGCUGCAUUUGUGGAGUAGUGUUAGCUACUGUUGAUUAGCUUCACUUCUGCUGAGAAUACUGAGGUGACAACAAGAACAGAAUUACAAUAUGUCUGCAGUGACAACAGGAACAAAUUCCUAGCUGUUUAAAAGCAUUUGCAGUGUCACUGCUGUAGAGUGGCAACUUUUUGCCCAUUCAGCCAGUGACACUGCUUCAGAGGCCAUUUCCUUAAUAGAGCAUUAGCAGAACUAUUUGGCAUCUGUGACAGAAACUGUUCAGUUAAAAGUUUUCAUUUCCCUCCAUAGCACCUUGUUAACACUUAGCACUGCCUGCAAAGCAAGGGACAUUAAACCCCUUUGCGUUUUUUUCACUUAGCUGCUUACUGUGGCAUCUGUGUAGCAUACUGUUUGGCUGCAAAAGCAGGGGGUUAACCAUAAUCGCCAAUACAUAUAAUUUGUACUCAAGUCGAGGCCCAUUCUGACUUGUCUUCUCAAUUUUGAUUGUCAGUUUGUAGAAGCCGUGUCUGUAAAGUAUUUACUCACCACUCACUGAUGUUUUCCAUAUUCCUUGUUAUUAUUGUAAAGCCCUAAAUGAAGCUGAGCCACUGUUUCAUGGAACUGUUGAACUGCCAGCACCAAAAUCUGCAUGUAAAUUUGCUGAAUGUUCAGAUGCAUUUUGUAGAAAAUAUCUUCACUUACGCUAGAUUUGUAAUUUUACUGAAUUUCUAGAAAUAUGUCCUUUAAUUUCUAAUGGUUGGGGGG